CGGAAGAGGGGUGAGAGAGAGAGGGAGGGGGAGAGAGAAAGAGAGAGCGAGAGAGGAAAUAUAAAACAACUGCCCCAAAAGCGCGAAUCGCUCCAAAUGUCUGAGCCUUUGGAUAUCUCUCUCUAGAUUCCUCGGCGAGCCAACAAGUGGAUUUUAUUUUGCAUUUCCCCCAUCUUUCCAAGAACAACAGCAGCAGCAGCAGCAGCAGCAGCAGCAGCGAGGACCCAACUACCCUGCCACCGCCCGGAAAAGUGAGGCGUGGUGGUGGUAGGUGGAGGGGGGGACCUCGAGUGAAGAAGUGGAAGAAGAGCCAAGACGUCCAUCUGCGGAGCUGGCAGCUGACUAUGGAAGAGCAGACGGACAGUAAAAGUCUGCGAGACUCUGCUCCGACUCCCGGCAGCCGCCCCAGCAGCAGCAGCCCCAGCGCCAGCGGCAGCGAUGGCGAGAGCGUGCCGCUGUCUCCCGGCAGCCACGCUCCCCUGUCCCCGGCCGCGCCGUGCCUCGUGUCCCUGCCUCUCCACCCGCACCACCACCACCACCCUCCGCACCACCAGCACCAUCUCCCGCAGCAGCAGCAGCAGCAGCAUCAGGCGCCUCCGCCUCCGCAGCAGCAGCGGCCGCCGCCGCCUCCGCAGCAGCAGCAGCAGCAACAGCACCGCACCACCAACUUUUUCAUCGACAACAUCCUGAGGCCGGACUUUGGCUGCAAGAAAGAGCAGCUCUUGCUCCUGGCCGGGACUGCGGCCGGAGGAGGAGGAGGUGGCGCCGGCGGCGGCGUGGGCGGCGGCCGGGACAGGGACCUUGACCGCGCGGCCAGCUCAGGUAGAGAAAAUGUCAACCCUCUGCUCGGCAGGCCCCCCAACCUUAGCGCGGAGUCGCACGGGAGCCCCGACAGCUCCUCCACGGCCUCCAAAGCCAGCCCCGCCGCGGCGGCCGCAGCGCUAGGGACGGCCAAGCCCCCCAUCUCCUCCUCCUCCUCCUCCUCUUCCUCUUCCUCCUCCUCCUCCUCCUGCUCGGAAGGGAGUGGAACUAACCCGGCGAAGUACGGGGAGCACGCCAACCCCGCCAUCCUGCUCAUGGGCUCCAAUAAUGGAGGAGCUGUUGCCAAGAGCGAUUCUCAACAGCCGCUGGUUUGGCCUGCCUGGGUUUACUGCACUAGGUAUUCAGACAGACCAUCCUCGGGUAAGAAUCCUCUUCCGUGCCUUCAGCGUUGCCCCCUUCCCCCCUGUCUUAUAUAUACACCUGCCAUUUCUAUAUAUAUAUAUCUAUCUCUCUGUGAUAUGAGUGUAAUCCUGCGGGGAGCGUUAACCAUCCCACCGAACCCAGGAAGCCAAGCCCCUAAACCGGCCACCCUGACGGUGCGCUAAGACUUGAGGCGCAGAGCGCGCCGAGGGAUCCCAAACUGCGCUGGAUUAAGCAGAUGGGAGGUGGCGGCUUGAGACUAUUUAGGAGUUUUGUGGAGCUGAGUCGGCUAUUCCCCUCCCUCGCCCGCCCCAGAACCCUGCAUUUUCUUAGGGUGCCCCACUCCGAGGUUUGCGGGGCUUUGGUGUUCAAGAGCGUCUUUUGCGCCCCCCCGGCCAGCCUUGCCCUUCGGAGACUGCAGUCUUAGGCUGCAAAAGAGCGGGGCCGGGGCUGCUGGCUGAUUUCCCCCUCGGCCCGAAGCAGCUUGCGGAGGAGCUGCGACCGAAAUGCCCCCGCAACCUGGGCAGGGAGGUCCGUGGACGUGUCUCUAGUGGAGGCAGAACCUGGAGAGAUUGGAGGGCCCACUCCGCCGUCUCUCUCUUUCCUUUUCAGGCCUUGAAGGGUGGGUGGGGUGCCUCUCUCUUUCUGUAGUUAGGAAGGGGGAAGAAACUAUAGUGUGCUUUCUAAAACUUUUUUUCCGGAUAUAUCUAUGGCUGGGAGAAAAUUAGAGAUUUUGGUGUGGGACGUGGCUGCAGACAAUCAGUGCUUUUGUUGUUGUUCAGAAACAUUCGCUGCUGUGCAAUUGAGGAGUGAAGGAGACAAGUGUUGCCGUGUGAAGGAUGCGUUUUUAAAGGAACUGGCACUGGCGGGGGCCGAAAAAGAAAGAGGAAGUGUGUGAGAGAGACAGAGAAAGAGAGAUAGAACAGAAAAGGAAAGGGCUUUCUUGGGAAACCCGCGGAGGCCUCCCGGCAGCGGAGCACAAGAAUCUAGGCCCCUAGGCCUUCAUUUUUCCAUUCCCCUCUUCCAGACCGGGAGCAAUUCCCACCCCGUGGCCGGCAUUUUCGCGCUUCCCAGCAGCCGGUUCUCCCUCCCGCCCCAGAUGCUGCCUUGAGAAGAAAGGUGUCCUCCCCCCUAGUAGCCCCCCACAUCCCCACCCCAAUAAAAAAACCCCAGAAUCCUCGAUCCCGCUCGGAGGUUGAGGAAUCUUCGGUUUCCAGGGGAGGGUUUAAAUCCUUCCGGGAAAGGAGGUGUGGGAAGAAGAGUGACGAGAGGAGAGGGAGAGAAAGGAGCGGGGGGGGGGUCUGUCUCUCUGAAUCAGCCCCUCCAACCCGUAAGGGCGAAGGAGUCGAGCGAGGGAGGCGCUCCGGAUCAGCGCCCGCGAAAGCGCCCGAAAAGGGCGACCGCUCGCCUUUGCGCUCCGGUCAACUUCCAGGGCCGAACGAGAAAGGCAGGCGAUGGGAGGCUGGUGGCGAAGGAGCUCCGGCCGGGUGCGCUCCCAGGUUGCCUUCUUCGCCCCACUUCGUCCAUCCCUCUCUCCCACCGCCCCCCAACCUCACCAACCCCGGCUCGGGGCUCUUUAUGAACUCCUUUCUGCCGGCGACUGAUCAAUCCUCCGCUAUCAGCACCAGCCAUCUCGAUCACGCCGCUAUUGACACAUCCCCGCUCCUUGGAACUCAGAAAAGCCACUUUGAUUGACUAAACGGAUUGAUUGAGUGAUUGAGCUGUCAGCUCUACCUUCCGCGGCCAACUGCAAUGAUUUUAUUACUGCUUUCCCAGGGCCGCUGCCUUGCAAAGUGUGUUUUGAUAGGAAGGCUCCCCACCACCACCGGCAGCGGCACCCUGCAAAGACAGCGCCUCGGCUCCCUGGAGAGGCCAGGACGGGCCUCUCCUCGAGAGAGGCUGCAGCGGUGGCUCUUGACGGUGGGCCCUCUCCGAUGCCGGCCAGGCCCCCCCACAAGCCCUCCUCUUAGCCCACCUUUCCCUGGAUGUGAAAUAGGGGGUGUUGAUCUCUUGAGACUGGCAGUUGCCCCCACCGCCUAUCGCUUUCUCACGCCCCCCACCCGAGACCUGCCCGCUUCUUGGGAACGGCUCCUUUAGAAUCUGCUCCCCACUGAACAGAGAGAUCCGAGCAGCGAUCAUCUAUCCCCGGGCCAAAAAUCUCAGCCCUCAAAAGAGCUUUUCGCCGCUAGGAAAUUUCUCUUGGCUGUUGUUAUUUUCCGUAAAUGAGGGGACUGGGGAAAUAUCUUGAGAUUUAUUCAGCCGGUUCCGUUUAAUCCCUUUCUGUAGUUUAUUCAGCCGUCUCUCUCUCUUUCUCUCAUCUAUAUAUUUUUAAGCCUGGUUUUGAAAGCAGCCAGACGUCUCAGAGCUUUUUGCGGCCUGCUGACCGGAGGUUUUCCUCAGGUUCAAGCGACUGGCCCCAAAGUUGGCGAUCUUUGGAAAAAGGCUUCAUUUUCAUUUUGUAUCCUAUUUUAAAAAAUAUUCGUGUUUGCGUAAUUUUAAAAAAUGGCGUUUUAAGGUACUCUUUUUAAACCCCCUUCACGAUAUAAAUUGCUUUGAAGAGGGGAAUCUUACCCACGUAUGAAUACGGUAUAUUCUUUCCCUAAAAUAAUUUGUAUUUGAUACAUUUCCCAACAAAGCAAAAACAAGGCGGCUUUGGAAAGACGAAGUCUGAACGACAACGACUUAAACAAGGAUUUGUCUCGAUUUAUUCCAGUACUUAUUCGGGACACACUGUUUGGCUGAUGCCUAAAGUGCUCGAAUUCUAUUUAAGGGGACGAUCUACUUCCUCCAGUCUCUCCCCCCCCACCCCCCACUUCUGCAAUUUUUAAAAAAGUUUCCCACCCAUUUCUUUUAACAGAGAAAGAGAGAGAGAGCGCGCUUAGAAAUGGGAGGGAUGCAGAACAAUUUGCCUUAAUUUCCGAGGGCUCCUCCAAGGCUAUGGGUCUAGUUUUGGAGUCCUGCGAGGCCAAGAUGUGUUGAUAUGAAAUUGCUGGGAAGGGCUUCUAAGCAAAAACGCGCGGACUUCGAGGAAGCACCCUUGCGCGCGUGUUCGUUGGUUUAAAGAGAUGUGCAUUUUGAACGUGAGGACACCGGCUGGGCCAGAUCUCUCAGUGAAAGAUAGUGUAGGAACGCCCUCCACUUGGAAAUAUACGGUAUUUAUCCGCGGCUUUUAUUGGAAGGGUUUUGGUAGAGUGGAGACUAGCGGUUUCAGUGAAGUGUUCCCCCAGUCAUUGUAGGCGAUGAGGGUUUGUCUGGCAUUGUGUAUUUGCGUUUGCAGAAUAUACUUUUGCGGCAGGCUUCAAAAAAUGAGCAUCCAGCGCAAUUUAUUUUCCCUUAUCAUCAUCAUCAUCAUUAGUAGUAGUAUUAUCUAGUCGUUCGGCAAUAAGGCCUUUGGACCAGCUUGCAAUAAGGGUUGCUUAGUUUCCCAAAAUAAGAAAUUUAUUUUGUCUGUGAGGGGAAAGAGGUAUGAGUCUACAGCUGAGCACACAUUGAAAUAGGUAUUUAUAAUCCGAGAGUCUUGCCUAAAUUUAUUGCCUGGUGUUUUUUUGUUUUUUGUUUUAGAAAAUUAUGAAUUUCAAAAUUAUAAUAUUAAAUAUAAAUUAAACACACACAUAUACAACUUCCCAGGCUUGCUUUGUCGAGGGACGCCUUGGUUUGAUUUGGAGGAGGAAAGUCUGGGUCCUGCUGCGGAUCAAAACAGAUUUAAAAUCCGGUGUUGUCCCGGCGCAUAAGAACCUCCAGCGCCGUCUGAGCAGCUUCUACUCCGAAGCUGAUCCUGCCGAAUUUAAUGGGGCAUAAUAAAAUUCGGUAUGACUUGCUCCCGAGUAGACAGGGUGAGGCCUGCGCUGUUACUCUUCGUGCCUGCUAGUGGUACUGUUAGGCCCAGCCCCAGCAACAACAGAACCCGCUUCGUAAACCGCUUGCAAUGUUUGUUUUGGGUCCAGUCUUUAAGUCUGUUUACCUCGGUGCUUAUUUAUCCUUACAAUUCAGCGGGAACUUUCUGGUUGCGUUAUUUCAAACAUGUCCUUGUAGUAAACAUGUAUGUUGAGGGUGAAUGACGUUGGGAAAGGUUUCCUGGGGUGUUACCUCUAACACGUACCAUUUAACUCUAGCAGUUCCGGAAAUGCUGUAUGUUUGAUCUGUGGGCUUUUUAAAAACAAAACAAAUCCAGGAACCCCACGCUUUCCUAAAUGAAUAUAAACUGCAGCGAAGGCCCAUAAGUGAGGAGCCCGCUUCCCUAACGCAGCCAUCUGCUGAGGAAGCUCGGUGUGUGUGUAUUUGUUGUUUUUUAAAAAAACUUUCUGAUACUUUUUACUGAAGCUCAUAACUAAUUAGUCAGACUUCUCCCCCACUUUCAAAGUGUGUGCUGUAAAGUUAAGACGCUUUGCCUUUAAGAGAUGAGAGCUUUUAAGGGGAAGAGGGCCAAAACACCGCCUCUCCCAUACGUAUAUUUUGUGUAUUAGAAAUGUGUGCGUGAUUCCAGCUGCACCAGACUUGAUAAAUCCAAAUUAACUGAUUGAUCUACCUCUCAGUCUUUUUCUCAAACUAUCUAUCCACAGAUAUAGAUAGAUGGAUAGACAGAUAGAUGGUGAUCAAUAGAAAACUGCUUUAGAUCUGGUGCGAUCAAACAAUUGAGCUUGGGCCCGGACGGGGAAAAGUUAGCAGAAGCAUCCGCGUGCCUGACCAAUACCUAUCCUGACAAAGGUUUCCCUAUGGAUUUUCCGCCCCACUCCCCUUUGUUUCUUUGCUUCCCAUCUCGCCCCUCUCGCCUUUCUUCCUUGGCGUCUUCUCCUUCGCGCCAGCUAAAAGUGGGCGAUGCUGCUCUUCUAAUGUACUCGCACAGAACUUGGGACGAAGAAGGGCCUAGACUGUUUUGAAAAGCGCCGGGGUGGGGGUGGUAGUGGAAACAGGCGUCCUGAAGGACGUGGGGUGGGGGAGAAAUGCACCCACGUUUUAAACAGUGGAGGAAAAGACGUAGGAUAUAUGUGGGUUGGGGGGAAAUCCAAGCAGAUCAGUUCUGACCCUGCCCAUCCAUCACGGUUGCCGGGUGCCCCUUUUGGAAAGGGGAAAGGAGGCGCCCCCCUUUCCUUCAAAACAGAGUCUCCCCAUUUCCGGAACGCCCGGCGUUGCUCCCAUGUGGCAGGCUCCCCUUUAUGUGUGUUGCAUGUGUGUGUGUGUGUUUUGGGAAUGCUUCUGACCUCGCAACUGCUGUCCCCUUUUCUCUCUCGUGCCCCUCACCCCCUCCUCCUUCCCCUUUGUGUGCGUGUGUGUGUUUCUCUCUCUCUCCCUCCCUCCUCCACCCCUCGCACCCCCCCCCCUUUGUAGGUCCCCGCACGAGGAAGCUGAAGAAGAAGAAGAACGAGAAGGAGGACAAGCGGCCUCGCACCGCUUUCACGGCGGAGCAGCUGCAGAGACUCAAGGCGGAGUUCCAGGCGAACCGCUACAUCACCGAGCAGAGGCGGCAGACUUUGGCGCAGGAGCUCAGCCUCAACGAGUCGCAGAUCAAGAUCUGGUUCCAGAACAAGCGCGCCAAGAUCAAGAAGGCCACGGGCAUCAAGAACGGCCUGGCGCUGCACCUCAUGGCGCAGGGACUCUACAAUCAUUCCACCACUACCGUGCAAGACAAAGAGGACAGCGAGUGAGCGCGCCCAGAGAGCACAGACCUUGUCGGGUUUAUUUUGUUUUUUCGUUUUUUGAUGCUUAAUAUUAUUAUUAUUAUUAUUAUAAUUAUAUUAUUAUUAUUAUUAUGAACCUGAUCGCCAGGGAAGACAGAGAAUAACCAUACAAAGCAAAAGAAAAGCAAAGAGGAACAAUUAAAAAGAGAGAGAGCGCGAGAGGACAAUUUGGGAAAAGACAAAACACACGACAAACACAAAAGGACUUCUUUCCUGCAGUGACACACAGUUGUGGGGGACUUGGAAGGGUGCUAUUUAAGAGAGAGAAAAGAAUCAAAUUUAUUGUCUAUUCAUAGUUAUAAGGAUUCCGAUUUAAAACAAAACAAAAACCCCGAACACUUACAAACAAAAAGUUAUCUAUAUAGCCAAACAUCGUAUGAUCUUGUAUAUAUUUAAUUUCAGGUAAGAAAUGAUGAUGAUGAUAAUGAUGUGUAGCGUUUUUCUAUUCGCUCAGCCGUUGAUCUCCCCCCCCCCCCUCCCCGCCCACCAGCUCCACUUUGGUCUCUCCCCCCCGUCUUCUUUUUCUUAAUUAUAGCUCUCAACUCCUCCAGCCCCCCCUUCAGCCUCCUGAUUUUAAAGAAUUCGUCUGGCUUUUCCCGAUUUCCCUGCUCCCCCUUUCUUCUUCUUUUCCCUGUCGCGUUUUCGUGUGUGCCUUUCUCCCUCUCUUUCAUUUCGUGCGUGUGCGUGUGGUGUUUCUUUUUCUUCUUCUUCUUCCUCCUCCUUCUUCUCUCCCCCCCCACCCUACCGAGUAAGAACAAUAACACUAUGACCCACAGACUGCGAGACUGAACCCC